UAAUUGCAUCUUCCCUCUUUUUAUUUACUGUUUUUUCAUUUUAAUCAAUUAUCUAGUUCCAUAUUUCCCCCAUAGUGCGAGGGACGAAGAAGUAGAAGAAUUAUCUAGUUGCCAACUUAAGUUUGGACACAAAAAAACUAAAACAAUACGUAUCACUGUCAUUUAAUUCGAUGUGUCACAUUAUUCUUCAAUCAUAUGCUAGUUUCUAACUUAAGUAAAAAAUGAUUCCUCAAAUUGUGGCAUUAAUAUUAACAUGUUUUGAGGUUUACUACCGAGACCUUUUAACGGCAAACGAAAACGGACCAAUUUUAUCGUGCUACCUUUUCCUCUUCAGCACCUUCCUCAUUUCCUGGCAAGCAAAGAUUCUCCUGGACUAUUUCCGUUUGACCAAUCCUAUGAAGUGUUUUUUGGAGUUUCUUUUAGCGUACGUGUUUAUCGAGUACGAACUUCUAUACGUGUGGAUGCCCCUCGAGAAGAUGCUGAUAAAUUAUUUCGAGAGCGAAGGUAUCAGUUUUAUAUACAGUUUUGGAACUCUAAUUAUUAUUCUAUUCGCCACAAGAGUAAUUACUAUGGCGACUUUCAAGGCCCAAGCCGAAUUUUUAUCCUUCAGAAUAAUCAGAUACGUCAGAGCUGUGGCGAGAGUCUUAAGACGCCGCAGAAAUGAUUAAAUAAAGCAGAAGAGGAAGGCAACAACGAAUAAUCAAAGAUGUGGAGCAAACGUCAGCAAUGGCAAACGAGCGUUACGUGUACAACCGCUAAUUUAAAUGCAAUUUGGAUUUGUAUAAUUGAUAUAUAAUACAGACACGGCGGCAUGUAAUAAUUGAUAAUUCUUAUGUCUAAUGCACGUACAUGAAUAAAACUGAAUCGUGCGCAAAAACGUACGUAAUUUGCCUUUAGAAAGUGUUAUUAUUAUUGUAAAAUUAAUAUUAAACACUCGAAACACAACGCUAAAC